AGUGUCUUCUUCAUUGUGUUUUUGUUUUGGGCAUACUCUCAACAUUUGUUGUAGUUGUCAGAUGUGUUCCAUUUUGUUCCCUGCCUGUGUGAAGUAAGUGAGCCAAAAUGACGACCCCUUGUGGCAAGUGCACCAACUGCCCGUGCGGUGUUAGUGGUAGCAUAGCGCCAACAGCCACGCCACAGCAGGCUCGCUCCCAGCCACCGCCGUCCCCGCCGCCUCAACAGCAGCCACUGGAGGAUCUCUCGUACAUGCAGGCAGCUCCAGCACAACAGUACCAGCAACAACAGUACCAGCAGCAACAAUACCAGCAGCAACAAUACCAGCAACAGCAAUACGAGCAGCCACUCUAUCAAUCAACAUUGCUGCCUCAAGAGUCCGUCCAGCAGCAGGAAGUGAGAUACCAACAGCCCCCGCCACCACUCCCAGCACCGCAAGGAACCUGUGGGGGCUACUGCGACAGGUACCCAGGCCAAGGACACCCUCCGGAGCAGUGUUCGAUACAGCGAUACCCCACAGCACAAUCGCCGGGCUACCACCCGGAUCAGUCAUCCCUACACGGAUACCCCCAGCCGCAGCCAGCAAGGCAAACAUACCCAAUGGCGCAGUCACCACAAUACGCCGGGGGACAACAAACGCCCCCAGGACAAACGCCGCCGUACUCGCAGCCGCAGAUGGCCUACGCGCAGGGGCCGCAGGGACAACAGCCGCCGGCGAAUAGCGAAAUUGAAGUGGCGAGCUGUGUGGCACCAACUUUGCAAGUUGAAAAGAGGAAGAGACCCAGUAUGAGUUGCAGUUGCGUUAAAAACAGGACCCGCAACACGAAUCUUGGGCCUGGUGGCAGGAAACGCGGUCUGGCUGAGCAGCCAGACCUGCCCAUUGCGGAUACCUACACGUGCACGCGUCCGCCACGACCCGCAGAAGUGGUGCCAGUUCAAAAGGAGCAGUUGCGAUGCAACUGCCACGAGAAAAAGAGAACGGAUUGUUUCUGUAAAGCGCCGGUAAAACCAAACGCGAAGCCGCAGAAGGAUGCUCCACCACCUCCUCCGCCACCCACCCACGCUUUCGUGGGAUGCGGUCAACCCUACCAGGGUCCAAUGAACUACCAGGGCGCCGCAGCUAGUCGGAACAAAUGCGGACACUGCUCCACAAAAAAGAAGUGCGCUAUUCAGUGAUCGAUCCGAUGGCAGGGGUCGGUCGAUUCAACACACCGGGCAUAGGAGGCAUCGCCCUACCCACGAGAACACUCAGCCAUGGGGGGCAAUGGAACACGUUUCUAAAUUUAAAGCCAUCCAAAUUAUCAUCAAAAUUUUCAGGAUUUCCUAAACCUUCCUCCAACAAAAUGCGAACAAUAAACCAAAUGUUAUAGCGAUUGGGCAGGUAGCAUGCGACGUGCAACAAAA